UUAAUUACAUUAAAUACUGAUUAAAUAACAAGCUGAUUUUUAAAUAACAUUAUAUAAGAAAACUCAACUAAUAACAAGACUGUUCUGCAAAUAUUUAAGCCAGAUUAUUUGUAUGAUAGCAGUGUUUGACUAUAUUUACUAGUAAUUUGAUUGUUUUUCCUAGUAUCCUAGUAUCCUAAAUCCUAGUAAAAAGGCAGAUUAACAACAAAACAUAGUAAUGAAGGAAUAUAUUUGCAGAAAUGUAAAACAGAAACAGAAUUAAACUUGUAAGAACAAUAUAAAAAUAAAAGCUUAUAAAAUACUAAAACUCACAAAAAGCAAACAAAAGCCAAUGAAAACAUAGGUCUUUGAGUGAAAGUGGAGGAAUAUUGAAAGCUUUGGAGCUGCUACCACAAGUAGACCAAAACUAGACCAACAGGAUUUUUGCAAAUGAAGGUCUCAGCGCAGUUAGGGCUGGAGAGGGAAGCUCAUAAAGAGGGAUGUAAACGUGAACAGAGGACGGGAAGUGGAGUGAAGUUAUAAAGUUGUGAAGUUGUUAGGGCAACGGACUAGACCCUACACUGUCAGUGCAGCAGGGACUUUCCUUUAGAGAAACUGUGAGUAGUAGAGACAGUGGGUGGGAGGGAACAUCAGACUGACUGAAGGAGGAGUCUGAAAAGAAGAGAGCCAGCCAAAAGGAGGGGCACAGACAGGCUUGGCAGAUGUGUUUUGUCUUUAGCUGUGAAAGAACAGGGGACGAGGAAUGACUGCAUGCUGUACAGACACUCCACUUUUUCACCUUUCUUUGUCUAUCUUUCACUUCGGUUCAUUUCUCGUGUAGUGUGUCUGAAGCCUCCCCGCUGACAUUAUGGACAACUUCCAGACUGUCCUGCAUUUCUUCAUGAACCAGAAAGCCACCAUUGGUUACAGUUUCAUGGCUCUCCUGACUAUAGGUGGGGAACGAGUCUUCUCCAUGGUCUCCUUUCAGUGCCCCUGCAAUCAUGACCAGAACUUUGCUUAUGGGCUGACUUUCUUGCUGGGUCCAGCUGUGGUUCUGCUGGUCUUGGGUCUGUUCUUCAGCACCAGGUUGUGGAGGCUCUACACUGGCUGCUGCCUCGAUCCCAUGAAGCUUUGCCCCCGUGGGAACUGCUUCGGCUGCCUCAGAGUGUUCAUGAACAUCUUUACUGGGGCUUGUGUGGCUCCUAUAAUGUGGCUCUGUGUGGCCCUACUCAACGGGACCUUUUAUGAGUGUGCUGUCAGUGGUCUUGAUGAUAACCUGGUGGUGGAUCUGUUCUGUAAAAACAAGACCUUGAAGUGUCGGGAGGAGCUGGCCCGUGUCCCCUGUGACCGGUCCAAACUGUCCAGUGAAGAGCGCAUGGAGCUGCUGCUGAUGUUCAGGGCCCAGUCACAGAUCCUGGGGUGGUGCAUCAUCUUUAUCGCUGCAGUCACAGGCCUCCUGGGUACCUGCUGCACAAACUGUCGUUCCAAAGUCAGCUUCCUGCAGCUCACGUUCUGGAAACGCUAUGUGGAGAAAGAGAAGGAGCGAUUCGAUGCCUUUGCUGUGGAAUACGCCACCAAGCUGGCCGAGAGAAACCUGCAGAGCUUCUUUGAGAAUAAGGAACCUGAGAAAUUCCCCUUCCCCAGCCACAGGGCAUGGGAGGAGAUCUCUGCACACUACACCUUCUCCAGGAGCGAGCAGUAUUACAGCACCCUGCAGCGUUACGUUGAGAGAGCUGACAGGGACUUGACGCCAGAGAAGAGACCUGUCAUGGACUUGGAGCAUGGAAUAGAGAUGAGCUAGACGAGGAGAAUGUGGAACAGCCAAGCUGUGGUGAGACUAGUUACUCAUCACUGUUGGUAUUUAAGUAUAUUGUAUGUGUUUGACUCAGGAAAAGUCUCCUCAUUGACAAAGCUGCCCUUUCAGUUAAAGAAUGUGGCUAUUGCAAACUACAAUGGUACAACCUCCUCUAAGCCCAAAUAAUGAAGGGCAUAACCACUAUUUUACACACUAAUUCUCCCGGCCUCUGUAACACUGCAUGCAUUUGAGGUGUUCUAAUACUAAACUAACACUACUUUUGAAUUUGGCACCUUAUUGUACCUUAUUAAAGGUGCUGUAAGCUGCAUUUUGGCUAACUUCCUCUUCAUUCUUGCAGUUAGCAGCCACCUCUCUCCUCCCCAUCACCACACUGAAAUUCUGCUACCUGCUCUUUUAAUAGGCCUUUUCCACCAACAGGGAACCAGCUCCAUUGUGGUUCAAGGACCUUGUUUUGAACCGUUCUGAGCAUUUCGAUCAAAAUUAAAUUGGUUCCCAACCUGAAAAGUUGGUUCCCAGCUAGAACCAAAAAAUAGGUUUUUCUUGGCAACCAAGGUGGAUGUGUCAUCUUCUGCAGGUCUUGUCUUCAAAGUUAUAAUUAAAUGAAAUGAAAUUAUGAAUCAAAAGUGUUUUUGUUUAACAAGAGAGAUGGCUUCCGGCUUCUCUAUUCAGACUAAUUGGUUGGUUUGGUAAAUCUACAUCUGGUUAACUACUUACGGUUUCACAUUCAGUGGAUGAAACUAAGCAGCACUUAACAAGUAAUUAGUUUGGUUGAGUCCCCUUUCAAAACUCUGAAGCCAUAUGAACAGUCUUGAUAAUACAAGUAAAUCUACCUAAAAUGUUAUUUAUACAACUGAAAAUCAUUGUAUAAAUGGACUGUACAUAUAUUGUGCCUUUUUUAGUCUUUCGACCACUCAAUGCACUGUACACUACAUGCCACACUCACCCCAUUCACAUACAUUCAUACACUGAUGGAAGUGUAACUGCUCGUCAGAAAGGAAUUUAAUCAUUCAUAUACACCGAUGCACAGCAUCAGGAGCAAUUUGGACACUUUGGAGGAGCCGGGAAUCGAACCUCCAAUUAGUGUACAACCCGCUUUACCUCUGAGCCACAGCCGCCCCGACACACGGUAAACACGAGAAAUGAGCCGUACACUAAUUAUACAUAAUCAGUUUAAAGCUGCAGAAGAUUUUUCACCGUUAGGAGCAGGAACCAGAGGAAGCUGAUCUAUUUACAGAUUAUCUGUCCCAUGUACUACUGUCAGGAUAUAUUGAAGGUUUCAGCAAAUGACAAAAAUGUAAAAUUACCUACUGCAGCUUUAAGAAAUUUGACAACCUCAGAUCUUUUUAAAAAAAAACUUUGAAGCAUAUCUUUGAACCAUGGUUUCACCCAACAGCUCUAACAAACAGCAAUGUAGGAAAAGGCACAGAAGGAAUCAAGGAAAUGUAUUCAUCAUUAUACAACACAAGGUUGUGUAACGAAUGAAAAUUUUUAGUCCCUUCAUGCUACACACAUAGAAAAAGAUAACUCAAUUCAUAGAAUAACAUAUAAAAUAAAUAAAAUGAAGUAAACCAGUUACAUUGAUGUGGUAACCAAGGCGAUAUAUUGCAUUUUUUGUUUAUGCAUAGAAUUUGUUUAAAUUAUUAUUUUUUAAAUGUUUACAACACUGUUGUAUAGAGGUUGGGGAUUGUGGUGGCAAUUUGUUUAAUAAAGCAUACAAAGUAUGA